AUGUCUGCAGCAAGCGUGGUGGCCCGGGAUACCGCAGCAGGUCCUGCGGAGGAGCGUCCAGAUGGGCACCGAGACACGCAGCCUUCCAUUCCAGAGGACAAGUCGAAUCUCUCGGCUAAGUUGCACUCGGCACGCUGUGACGUCAUCUUCCUGCAGACUCAGCACCGGCUUACACUCAAGGGGUUGCACGCGGAAAUCGCCAAACUGCAGCAGACAGUCAAGGGCAUGCAGUUUGCACUUUUCAAUAACGGGAUUACACUGGUGGAUGAAGAUUCGUACAAGGCGCGCAUCGAAGAGUUGGAGGAGAACCUGGACAAGUGGUGCUGUCACUGCCGCUACCUCACUUCCCAGCUGGAACACGCCAACAAGGCUCUCGUUGCGCUUAAUCAGCGAAUACAAGUUCAGGAUUGGCAACACCAGGCGGAGCUGAAAGAGAAGAACUCGGUCAUCGCCAACUUGCAAAGGGAGCUAGAGUGGAAGUGCAGGACGCUCGCGGAGAUGGAGAUGUCGUCCAGGCGCCGAAGUUUGGUCAGGCAGCUCCCGGGAGGAGGGGCGAGCGCCGCCGAAACCCUGACGCCCCAGAGGAUAGCUCUUGCCGGCAGGACAACGUCCCGAAGUCCGGUCCCCGGAAGUAGCCAAAGGUUGCCAACGCUUCCGUUAGACCGCUACCAUGAAGAUAUGUCCCAGUCAUCCCAUACAUGCACGGCGGCGAAGAAAGAAGUUGUACAGAGCAAAACCGACCCGAGACCAGCGUCUGCCAAGUGCCUACCAGGCAUCCCUUUGCCCCGAGGUCCCUCCAGAGCGGGAACGGACCACCUUCGCGGGGAGCUACGUUUGCCACCUCUCAUCGAUACUGCCAGGGCGUUGUCCUUCCCCGCAAGAUCUCUAGUAAGACAACAGCUGAGAGUGCACUGCGACCGCCGAAUCUCCGCCGACGAAGACCUGGCCAUCGACCAAGUACCGUCUCCAGAGCUGAAGCCCAAGAAGAUCACCAGCCGCGCGGUUGAAGUGACUACCAAGUGA